ACGCAUGCGCAGGUUUUCACUCGCACGCAUGCAUGCAUGCAACGGUCAAAGGUGAACACAGGUUUCGUUCCUCGUCGAGUCAGAAGAAGGCGCAAAACCAGCACAUGCUGCUUUUAUGCUGAUAUUACUCCAAAGGACUACUCCCAGAGGAUUAAAAUUUGUGUUAGAUAAAGAGUGGGCGUUAAAAAGAACUCUCGUCUUCUUUUCUCCGUCCAUACUCCCAUCGAAAAGGAACGGAGGACGGAGAAUGCCGCCCAAGAAGAAGGAGGUGGAAGGCCCUGGACCUCUCCUGGGUCGCUUUGGGACCUCUCUCAAAUGUGGGAUAGUGGGUCUUCCCAAUGUAGGGAAAUCCACGUUCUUCAACGUAUUGACCAAAGCUUCUGCUCCAGCUGAGAACUUUCCAUUCUGCACCAUCGACCCCAAUGAAAGUAGGGUAGCUGUCCCUGAUAGUCGCUAUGACUUUCUGUGUGAGCACUGGAAGCCGCCCAGCUGUGUCCCGGCCUACCUCCACGUGGUCGACAUUGCUGGUCUGGUGAAGGGGGCUCACGAGGGACAGGGAUUAGGGAAUGCCUUUCUCUCCAACAUCAGUGCCUGUGAUGCAAUCUUUCAUGUUGUCAGGGCAUUUGAGGAUGAGGAUGUGACCCACGUGGAGGGGGAUGUAAACCCAGUCAGAGAUCUGGAGAUAAUCAGCGAAGAGCUGAGACUCAAAGACGGCGAGUGCCUCAAGAAGGCUAUGGCAGACCAGGAGAAGGUAGCAACUCGCGGUGGAGACAAGAAGAGAAAGCCAGAGAUGGAGUGUCUGGUGAAGGUGAGAGAGGUGCUGGAGGAGGAGAAGAAAGAUAUCCGAUUUGGGACCUGGAGCUCAGGCGACAUUGAAGUUCUCAACAAACACCUGUUCCUGACGGCCAAGCCUGUCAUCUACCUGGUGAACCUCUCUGAGAAAGACUACAGGAGGAAAAAAAACAAGUGGUUAUCCAAGAUCAAGGAGUGGGUGGACAGCAGAGAUCCACAUGCCCUCAUCAUACCAUUCAGCGCUGGACUAGAACUCAAGCUGUUUGACAUGCCAGAGGAUGAGAAGAUGAGGUUUUGUCAGGAGACAAAGACACAGAGUAUUUCUGUGCUCAGUGCACUGGGGAAGAUCAUCGCUACAGGCUACCAGACCCUCAAUCUCCAGUGUUUCUUCUACCUGUGGUCACGAUGAAGUGAGGGCUUGGACCAUCAUGAAAAACACAAAGGCACCGCAGGCAGCGGGCAAGAUACACACUGACUUUGAAAAGGGGUUCAUCAUGGCCGAGGUGAUGAAGUUUGAAGAAUUCAAGGAACUUGGUUCAGAGUCUGCAGUCAAGGCGGCAGGGAAGUAUCGCCAGCAGGGACGGAACUACAUUGUAGAAGAUGGGGACAUAAUAUUUUUCAGGUUCAACGCCGGAGCUGGACUAACUACGAAGAAAAAGUAGUUCUUGCAAUUUCUUUCUAGCAAUUUAUAUACAACCAUUACGUGAAUUUUAUCGUGCUUAUUAUUAACACUGUCGUAUGUACAUUAUUACGUACACGCAAAGAAAUUUCAAAAAUUAUCUCGGUAUUGUUACAAUCAGUUGGAAAAAGUGCAGUGAAUCAUGUCGGAAUGUGGUUUAAUUGGUUAAGCAUUGCUGGUGCUUAAAAAUGGUGCAAACAUUAGAUUAUACAUGUAGACCUGCCAAUUUCAAGUGAUGAGAGGGAGAUUCAUAAUAUUGUAGAUACAAGUGAAAAAUCACACCUCUAUUGUGUCGGAAAAUCAGUAAGUGUGAGCGUAAAAAAAUAGGAAAGGGAUGGAUGAGUCGGGAGGCAAACUAUUAGAGGGUUUUUUUAACUGCCGAGAGGAAUGACAACUGGAAGAUUGGGACAGAACACUCGGAUAUAACGGGGCAUUGGUUCAGUUGACCGGGACGUCGCUGAAGAGAUCGUCCUCGAGCGGAAAAGCACACGAGUUGGUAGAGUCGGCAUCGGAGGUGAUAAACUCGGGUUGCUGCUCGGAGUCCAGUGGUGGGAGCUCGAGACUGUCUGGGCAGUUGGUUCCCCCUCCUGCAGUGCUGCCACUGUUUGCCUCCUUCUCUCGCAGCUUCUGGUGGGUCUUGGUGUGCUUGUUGAGGUGGUCGCUGCGCAUGAACCUCUUCCCGCACUCGACGCACACAAACCUCUUCUCCCCCGUGUGUGUCCUGAGGUGUCGCUGUAGUUCGUCCGAGCGAGUGAACCGCUUCCCACAGUAGAGCCAGUGACAUAUAAAUGGCCGCUCACCCGUGUGCCAGCGGAUGUGUGCGCGAAGGUGGGACGUCUUUCCGUACACCUUGGAGCAGUUGGGAUAGUGGCACACGUGCUGUUUCUUUCUCGGAGAGCCGUCCGGGUUAGUGGCCUUGGAGUUGGCGCCACUGGCACAGUUGGGGCAGGUGCACGCCACACGUCUGAGGCGCCUCUGCUGAGCAGGAAGGGCCGCAUCGAAGAAGUCAGUUCCAGUAGGAGCACAUACUGUGGUCCCCCCACCGCCACUGGGCCACGAAGGGAAGCUGUCCAGGUGAUGGAGCUGAGUCGAUGCAGCGGAAGGUUCAUGAGAAAGACUGUUCGGAGGAGCAGAGAGGGGAGGAGGAGGGAGGCAAGAAGGAGAGAUCGGGGAGAGCGGGCGGACGAUGUGGUAGGCAGCAGAAGUUCCGGGAGGGUACGUAAAGGAGAGGGUUUGGCCAGCAACGGGCAAGGGCGGGGCUGACCAAGGGGACGGCCCCACCGCUACAGCGUGGACCGAGACUGGCGGCAUGGAACUGUCGCUACCACUGCCGGCAGCACUCCCGGAAGGUAGCUGAGGAUGCUGGUGCUGGGACGUCGACCACCACUGUUGCGCCGCCACUUGUUGCGCAGUGGGACUCGCGGAACCGCCCGCAGAGUCCGCGGAGAACGGGCAUGGGGAUGCAAAGUUGUUCCCGCCGUUGCAGGCCGGAGAAUGCGCCUCGGUCUUGGCUAUCAGUGGUGGUGGUAGGCCUGGACAAGUAGUAGGUGAGGAGAGGCUCGGUUGACAGACCGCGGCCGAAACGAGCGGCGGGGGUGCAAGGGAGUGUGGAACUAUUCCUUGCAAGUGAUGAACCGUCGGUUGCACAUAAUGUCGUGUGGUCGGGUCGCCGUUUAGAAGUGAGGUAGCCGUGUUAAUAUUAGUAGAGGCCUCGGAGAUUCCGCCGCUUAGGCCCAUGUCCGUCUCAUGUACGCUGGGAGACAGCACGCCGCUAACCGAGGCGCUGUAAGACGGAGGGGGGACGGCAGUCGAGGGAGAGUGAACGUCGCAGGUGAACUGAGACUUUGAAUAAGUGAACGGAGCCGCAGAGUAGGGAGGGGAGUGGAAUGUUGCUGCUGAAACGGGAGAAAGCGCUCCCACGAGUGUUUCGCCGCCGACGGCAUUGUAGGACUGAUACUGCGAGGACGGAGGAUUCACGUAAACGACGGCCGUACCGGGCUGGGUACUGGAGAUCUCAGCGUACUGCAGAUCGCUGAGACUCCCGGCCGAAGUCGUCAACUCGAGGUGCUGGGUACCCCCCGCAGGUUCAAACGUCGCCGCGUCCUUCAAGCCGACGAUGGCAUAGUCGCCGUGCUUCUGGAACAGGCCGUCGUGCCGUUGCUGCUGCAUACUGCACACCGAGGAUAGC